AUGUCGCUGAUGGAAAACGAGAUUGAAAAGAUAUCUGACACUCCAGAAUGCCCUGAGCUUACAACUCUGCUCUUCCAAAAAAUAAGAUGGAAUAUCUCAGGUGAAUUCUUCAAGUCUAUGCCCAAAGAUAUAAUCAGCAAAGAGAAAGCUGAGAAUAUCUUCACAGAGGAAGAGGCAGGAACCAUCAUUCCUUUUCAAAGACUAGAGCACUUCCAAGUGAAAGAUUUGCCGAAGCUGAAGAGCAUCUACUGGAGUCCUCUCCCUUUCCCACGUUUGAGCAACCCGGGUGAAGAUCUUGUCAUACAUAAUGAGAACAAACUGGAUUCGAAGGUUGAAUGGGAGGAUGAAGCCACUAAAGAGCGUUUCCUACCUUCUCUCCAACAAUCCUGGAUUGAUGAGUUUGAAUGGGAGGGUGAAGCCACUUAA